AAGAAUGAGAAGGGAAGGAGUAUCGCAUCGGGCGAUCUUCAUGGAACGUAUUCUUGAGAUUCCUACUCAGCGUAGUUAUCAAUCGACAUUGCGAACUUAGAUAACCAAGUGAUUGUGAUACAAACUUUCCAAGUCUUUUGAAACUGACUAAAAAAUUUACAGAACCAUCGAGUGCUAUUAGGUCAGGCUUGAACAUUAUCGUGAGAUAUCGACAAAAAGAAAUAACCGUUUCGUAAUCACGCGUUGUCAGUCUUUUCACGAGUAACUUCGAUAAUCGCUGAUUCGUGCAAGUUUUGAAACACAUAAAUGCAGGCUUAAAAUGACACUUCCAGUCAACAAGUUGGCCAAUGCAUUGGAAGUAUUUGUAAAUAAUUUGAAGUUCAACAAUGAGUCCUCAAAGUUAUAAAAAUCAUAUAACUUCAAAAGUUAUGGCAUCCAACGGUUUUCCUGAUUCUGAGACUGCAGCCAAGGAGUCCAAAAAUCACUCAUCACCUUGUGAGUUAUUCAACUCAAUGCCAUGGUUUGGCAUGGAUAUAGGAGGUACAUUAUGCAAAUUAGUAUAUUUUGAACCAAAAGAUAUUACAAGGGAUGAAGCUGAUGCAGAGGUGGAAGUUUUAAAGAAUAUUAGGCGGUACCUAGUUAAGAAUUCCGCAUAUGGAAAAACUGGCCACAGAGAUAUACAUCUGCAGAUGGACAAUGUUUACAUAAGGGGCAGACAUGGCACAUUGCAUUUUAUUAGAUUUCCUACAAGUGAAAUGGGAAAUUUUUUAGCAUUAGCAAGGUCUAAGGGUAUGGCUAGUCUUGUGACAACAGUUUGUGCCACUGGUGGUGGAGCAUAUAAAUUUGAAAAAAAUUUUAAACAAGAAGUAAACAUGAAUUUAGCAAAAUUUGAUGAACUAGAUAGUUUAAUACGUGGCAUGCUUUACAUAGAAACAACAAAUCCACGCGAGUGUUAUUACUGGUCUCAUCCUACAGAAGAUAGCAAAUGUCAGAAAGUUCCUUAUGACUUUUCUGAACCCUAUCCAUUCUUGCUUGUAAAUAUAGGGUCAGGAGUAAGCAUACUAGCAGUAUAUGGACCAGAAAAUUAUAAGAGAAUCUCUGGUACAAGUCUAGGCGGCGGUACAUUUUUAGGACUGUGUUGUUUAUUAACUGGAUGCAACACUUUUGAAGAGGCAAUAGAAUUAGCAACAGGAGGUGACAACACUAGAGUGGACAAGCUGGUUAAAGAUAUUUAUGGUGGAGAUUAUGGACCAUUCGGUCUCCCCGGAGAUCUUGUUGCAAGCAGACAUUUACUUGCAUGUUUUGAUCGUGUGUUCAGUUUUGGUCAGAUGAAUUCUAAAGAACGUCGCAAUGCAGUUAGCAAGGAAGAUCUUGCGCACGCUACACUUGUCACCAUUACAAAUAAUAUUGGUUCAAUUGCGCGUAUGUGUGCCGUGAAUGAAAAAAUCGAAAGGGUAGUAUUUGUGGGUAACUUCCUCAGGGUAAAUCAUAUAUCGAUGAAACUUCUGGCCUAUGCUAUGGAUUAUUGGUCUAAAGGAACAAUGAAAGCUUUGUUCUUGGAGCAUGAGGGAUACUUUGGUGCGAUAGGAUGUCUGCUUCAAUUCAAUGGAGACACAAGUUAAAGAUAUAGAAAAAAUGCAUAAUAUAUAGCAUUCCAUUUGAUACUCCCGUUCAAGUGAAUCUUUUUUAACGAAGGCGGUUAUCCAAUUAUUUAAUACGAUUAUUUAUUUUUAUUAUAUAUUGUUUAAUUUCUCAGGAAUUAGUUAUAAUGAUAUAUGAAAUUUUAAUAACGGCAGAGGCCUGAGGUCAGAAUUGUAUUAUCUUUAUAUUUAUUGUAAUCUUAAAGAAUAAGCACAGUACAAUAAGUUAGUAUUUCGAAACGUAUUAUAUGAUCAUUGUAAACAGACCUAAUGUGGGCACAAACUUUGCACGAGUUUACAUAAGAAAUUAUAAUGGACCAAAAGUCGAACGCAUAAAACUCAAGUGAACAUUCUUUAUACGAGUAAUAUGGGUCUACCUCAUACUUUACUUUCCAAACGUUUUUAUAAACACAUUCAUCGAUUCUUCACAAUUCGUCAUUUUUUAUAAAUUUUUUAUUAUUCACAAACGCAGAGAACAAACAAUAAUUGGAGAACUAUCUGCUUAACAUCUAUUGCUAUGAUUAUUGUUAUUAAUAAAUUUUUAACGUAAGUUAAUAGAAUAGUAAGAUUAACGUUAUGUUAUACAAAUAAUAGAAAGUAUAUGUAAUGGUCGGUGGUGACAUUUAGAAGUUAUUUCUAUGCAUUCUUUGCCAUCUAACAAAUACUGUAAGGGGGAUAUUAUACGAGGUGAUGUAAGGUAUUGUACGCAUAAGAUAUUGUUAGGCAUUUGUUAUAGAAUAAUUCACAACACGGUAAAUAAUAGAACGGAAAAACAUUA